AUGGCUGAUGAAAUCAUAGACUGCACUUUUGCUAUAGUAGGUGGUGGUAUAGCAGGUGUGUCUUGUGCAGAAGGUGUAAGUUUUCUUGCACCAGAGGAAAGUACUGUAUUAAUUACUGCAAGUCCACUAAUUAAAACAGUAACAAAUAUUAUUCCAUUGGGUAAAACAGUAAUGCAAUUUGACAUUGAGGAGAAAAAUGCAAAAACACUUACUGAAAAGUAUGCUUCAUUACAAGUUAUACAUGACACUGUAAUAAAUAUAGAUGUUAAUAAGAAAUGUAUAAAAACUCAAACUGGAAGAUUAAUAAAGUAUACAAAAUUAUGUCUUUGUAAUGGUGGUAGACCAAAACUUAUAGCAGAAAAUAAUAAAUUUAUCAUAGGUAUACGAGACACUGAAUCUGUGAUUCAAUUUUCUCAAAAGAUUCAAAAUGCUAGAAAAAUUGUAGUUGUUGGAAAUGGAGGUAUUGCAACUGAACUUGUGCAUGAAGUAAAAAAUGUUGAAGUAGUCUGGGUGAUAAAAGAUAAGCACAUAUCUGCAACAUUUAUCGAUCCAGGUGCAGCAGAAUUCUUUUUACAAGAUGUUUAUAAUACAGAUAAAUCAGAAAAUACUGACAUUAAACCUAUUCGAAGAAUGAGAUAUACUACUACUGGACCAUCUAAGGAAGGAGGGCCUGCUCUUGGCCCAGAUUGGCAUAAUAAUUUUAUUAUAAAAGGUACUUCAUCAAUCUGUAGAAAAGUCCAGAUUGAAUAUGAAUGCGAAGUAAAUGAAAUUCUUACAAAAGAAGAAAUUACAGAAUGUAGCGAUAUCGAGAAAUGGCCUGUAUAUGUAAAACUAACAAACGGUAAAAUUAUUGGUUGUGAUUUUAUCGUAUCUGCAACUGGUGUUGUACCAAAUUCAAACUUAAUGGGUUUAGAAAACCUUGAAAAAGGAGAAGAUGAAGGUUUAUGCGUCGAUUGGAAAUUGGAAACUUCAGAAAAGGAUGUUUAUGCAGCAGGAGAUGUAUGUACUGCAAGAUGGGAGAUAGCAAAACAUUGGUUUCAGAUGAGACUUUGGACACAAGCACAUCAAAUGGGAAUUUAUGCUGCAAAGUCUAUGACUUCGAGUCUAAAAAAAGAAGAUUACAUGCAAGAUUUUUGUUUUGAACUUUUCACUCAUGUUACUAAAUUUUUUGAUUACAAAGUUGUUUUGAUAGGUUUAUACAAUGGUCAAAAGUUAGAUAAAAAUUAUGAGAUAUUACUUCGAGUAACAAGAAAAGAAGAAUAUAUAAAACUUAUAUUGGAAAAUGGAAGAUUGCAAGGAGCGGUGCUUAUAGGAGAUACUAAUCUAGAAGAAAUGUGUGAAAACCUUGUUCUCAAUCAGAUAGACUUGACUCCAUAUGGCGAAGAUAUACUUGAUCCUGAUAUUGAUAUUGAAGAUUACUUUGAUUAAUUUAAUAAAUUUGCUGUACUAUUAUAA